CAUAAAAAAGAACUGUCCAUACCAUAUAUUGAAGUUAGAAGAUUAAUUGCCCAGCCAGAAGGGCUUUUUUCUUCCUUUUUGAAAGGCUCGAAGCAGAAGCUUAUGAUAAGCAAUGGUUCGAAGAGGGAAGGCGGCAUCAUCAAUUGCGAGUACAUUUACAUAUUUGAUGCGAAAGAUAUGGAGAGAAUGGGAUGUGAGGGGGAUGGUUCUCCUGAGCUUGCUCUUGCAGAUAGCCCUCUAUGUCCUAGGCAAACGCAGAAAGUACAAUGUCAGCCUGAAGAGAAGAAUGAUUCUUUGGUUUGCCUACAUAAGCGCGGACUGGGUAGCCAUUGCUGCUCUUGGCUUUCCAUUUUGACCAUUCCUCUCAUAUUGGCUGGAAUUAUUAAAUAUGUGGAGAGGAUUUUGUGUCUUGAGCUAACUAGCUCUAAGAAAACAGAACCGGUCAUCUCCGAGUCUCAUCAUCAAAAUGAGUUAGAGAUGUCAAGAUGCAUUGACAAAUUUCUACAUGAAUAUCCAGAUUCCACAAGUUUGGUACUAGGCUAUUUAUUGUUUUCAGUUAUGAGACCAGAUGUAAAUGAUUAUUUGAGCGGUAAGUUGUAUCUCUCAUCCUCUCAAGCAACAGAAAGGAUAAAAACUUACUUGAAGGAAACUAAAUUCAACCAUCAGAAGUUAGUUUUGGUAAGUUUGCUUGAAAUGGGAAAGCUAAGAGAAAAUCCUUUCGAAAUAGCUGCUGCAGAAAUGGGGUUCAUUUUCGACACUGUUUACACAAAAACUUCUUUGAUUUAUACCAAGAAAGGAUGUGUCUUGCGCGUCAUCAGCUUCACUUGCUCCUUUUCAGUUCUACUGUUCUUCUUGAUCAGCAUCAUGAACGAGCCGAAGUUCCAUUUCUCAAGUGUUGAUAUUCACAUAACAAUCAGCUUGUUGGUUGCAGCUGUGGCACUAGAAUUUUUUGCGGUGUACUCAAUGUUUUCUUCAAAUUGGACAAUUCCUUUGAUCCUAUUUCAUGAAAAUCGUUGGGUACGCAAAAUACUCUGGCAUUCCAGUAAUUCCAAGGUUUAUGGCUUUCUAGAAAAGUGUUGUUGCAACCGUUUUCUUGAAAAUUUGCACAAGUACAACUUUACUAGGUUUGUGGAAGUUCCAAGCUGUUUAAAGCUAAUAGAAGAUUACGAAGCCCAGUUAGAUUCCUUUUUCACGGGUGAGCUUUCCUUUGAACCAACAAGGGGGCAAGAGACGCUUGAUAAAAUCGAGACAAACACAUCAUUAUAUAUGCGCGUGAAAGAGAGCAUUGAAUUGGACUUUGAUACCAGCGUCAUAGUCUGGCACCUCGCCACAAGUAUUUGCUACUAUCUAGAUGUCCCAGGUAGAUACCACAAUCUCUUAAUUGAAGACAGGAAAAGCAGCAAAUAUUUAUCAGAUUAUAUGAUGUAUCUGUUGGCCUUGCAACCUGCUAUGCUUCUGCCUGAGAACUGUAGGAGUUUUUGGUUGAAUGCUUGUGACCAGCUUAAAGAUCUUUUCUCCGAGGAAGCGAAUAUGGAUCAUGCUUUAACAUUAUUGUUAAACCAGGAUGGUGAUGCAUGGUACGAAAUCAGGAUGAGCAGUUCUAAGAAGGCCGAAAAAAGGAAAAAGAAAAUAGACAGUGCUGCAGUUCCAUUGAAUCAAUUGCAGUCGCAUGCAUCAAAGCUAGUCAUAGAACUCAACUCGAGACGCAUAUGGGAUAGAUGGAAGAUGAUAAAGGAAAUGUGGAUAGAGAUGCUUCUAUAUGCAGCGCAUUCGUGCCAGCAUGUAAACCAUAUUAAGCAGCUAGCACAAUCCGACCGUGAAUUCCUUACACUGAUCUGGGUCAUGGGAGGAUCUACUUUUAUGGAAACCACCAGAGUUUUGAAUAAAUUUCUUCGAUAAUGGGCACGUGAAUUCCUUGCACUUGGGCUUGGGCUUGGUCUUGGUCCUCGCUGACAAAUAAUUUUUUUUUUUUUUUUUCUGAACUUGAUUUUGAAUUUCGAUAUUGAAAGUAGACGGUGCAACAGACAAUUAAUAUAAAAUGGUGUUUUCU